UUGACUAUUCGGAAACUUGGAAAGAUGAUGAUCCACCCUCUCUUUUCCUUCUCAAAUGGCUCCAUCAUCAUCAUCACCAUCAUCGCCAUCAAGAUGUUGAAAUCCUUCUCCUCCUCGUCAUCAGAUCACUCAUCAGCUGAGACAUCCGAAGAAACCGAACCGGAGAUACCCAUAUCUCCAGCCCUUCACCUGGCUGCUUCUUCUUCUCCCCGCCGUUGGAGAUACGAUGUCUUCCCGAGCUUCCGGGGUGAAGAUGUCCGCCGAAGAUUUCUCUCCCACUUUCGCAAGGAGUUCCGUCGCAGAGGGAUCACUACGUUCGACGAUAACGUGAUGGAGAGAAGCGAGUCGAUCGCGCAUGUGCUCGUACGAGCCAUCGAAGAAUCUCGGAUGGCGAUCGUCGUUCUCUCCAAGAACUAUGCUUCUUCCAGCUGGUGCUUGAACGAGCUGCUCCAUAUCAUGCGCUGCAAGGAUUCCGCCGGGCUGAAAGUGUUCCCCAUCUUCUACGAUGUGGAUCCAUCGGAUGUACGGAAGCAGACGGGGGAUUUCGGAAGGGCUUUCGAAGGAACUUGCGUGGGUAAAUCGGAGGAAGAGAGGCGAAGAUGGAGUCAAGCUCUAACCGAUGCGGCCGGUCUUGCAGGAGAGCACUCGCUGAGUUGGGAUGGGGAAGCAGACAUGAUCGAAAAAAUUGCUUCUGUUGUUUCGGAAAGGCUGAAUUUCACACCGUCGAGAGAUUUCGAUGACUUUGUCGGAAUGGGAUGUCAUAUGAAAAAUCUGGAGCAGCUGAUGUGUUUGGAAUCAGAUGAAGUGAGGUUUGUGGGGAUGUGGGGUCCUGCAGGCAUUGGUAAGACCACCAUUGCCCGAGCUUUGUUCCAGAGACUCUCUCCCGACUUCAACUUCACUUCUUUCCUAGGAAAUGUCAGGGGAAUCUGUGAGAGAGCUGGACAAUAUUCCUCGCAAUUACAACUGCAACAACUGCUUCUGUCUGAAAUACCUGAGCUCAAGGAUAUGAAGGUACAUCAUUUAGGAACGUUACGAGAAAGACUAAGCGAUCAGAAAGUCCUUCUCGUUCUUGAUGACGUGGAUGCGUUGGGACAAUUGCAAGCCUCGGCGGGAGACCCGAAUUGGUUUGGUCCUGGAAGCAGGAUCAUCGCGACGACUCAAAACAGAAAACUUCUUAAAGCCCAUGGGAUCAACCAUGUGUACGAAGUGCCUUUUCCAAGUGAAUCUCUUGAGAUCUUUUGUCGAUAUGCUUUCAGGCAAAGCUCUCCGCCUGACGGCUUUCGUGACUUAGCCGUCGAUGUCGCGAGACUUGCCGGCGAUCUCCCUCUAGCUCUCAGCGUAUUGGGUUCGUCGCUACGAGGAGAGAGCAAGGAAGAAUGGGAACUUGCUUUGCCAAGGCUGAGAUCUACUCUCGAUGGUGAAGUUGAGAAAACACUGAAAGUGGGGUUCGAUAGCUUAUGCCAUAAAGAUAGAUCCCUAUUUCUUCACAUCGCAUGCCUCUUCAACAAUGAAGAGGUUGGUUAUCUAUCUCAACUAUUUGGGAAGAGUGAGUUGAACGUUGAAUUUGGCCUCAAAGUCCUAGAGGAGAGGUCUCUCAUACACAUAUAUGAAGGGAAGGCUGUAAUGCACUCUUUGCUUGAGAAAAUGGGUAAAGAGAUCAUCCGCGGGGAAUCAGACGAUCCUGGGAGACGUCAAUUUGUAUGGGAUGAUGAGGAUGUUCACCAAGUGCUCUCCGAAAACACGGGUACUGAAAUUCUAUCAGGCAUAUCUUUAUGUAUGUCUGAAUUAACAGACGAGUUGUGUGUAAGUGACAGCACCUUCCAAAGGAUGCCCAAUCUCAAGUUUCUAAGGUUCGUCGCCUACGAUGGUAAAGUGAAGCUGUUGAAUGUAUCGGAGGAAGGGUUGAGUUAUUUGCCGAGUAAGCUUUCGUUACUCGAGUGGAGAUAUUACCCUCUCAAGACGAUGCCUUGCCGGUUUCGUCCUAAGUGUCUCGUCCGACUCGUGAUGCGACGCAGCAAGCUUGAGAAGCUCUGGGACGGAAUCCAACCGCUUGGCACACUCAAGCACAUAGAUUUGAGUGGGUCUAGGAGCCUCAAAGAAAUCUCAGACCUCUCGAAUGCUGUCAACCUCGAAACUCUGAAUCUUUUUGGGUGUUCAAGUUUGGUUACCCUUUGUCAUUUUUCGAAUACCAAGAAACUUCGAGACCUGGAUCUUAGUGGUUGCUUAAGUUUGCUCGAGCUUCCUGAUCUUUCAAAUGCCGUCAACCUCGAAAAUCUGGAUCUAAAUAAUUGUUCAAGUUUGGUUGUACUUUCUGAUCUUUCGAAUGCCAAGAAACUUCGAAGGUUGGAUCUUCAUAGUUGCUCAAGUUUGCUCAAACUUCCUGAUCUUUCAAAUGCCGUCAACCUCGAAAAUCUGGAUCUAAGUAAUUGUUCAAGUUUGGUUGUACUUUCUGAUCUGCCGAAUGCCAAGAAACUUCAAAAGUUGGAUCUUCGUGGUUGCUCAAGUUUGCUCAAACUUCCUGAUCUUUCAAAUGUCGUCUACCUCGAAAAUCUGAAUCUAAGUUAUUGUUCAAGUCUGGUCGUAUUUGCCACGUCUCUGCGGGAACUCGAUAUGGACAUGGAGGAAUGCACCAAUCUCGAGAUUUCAAAGAACAUUCGGUCCCUCUACGUGAAUGAUACAACAGUAGGAGAAGUGCCUUAUUCAAUUCCACAAUGGACUUACUGUCUUACUAUUGUUAGAAUGGUAGGCUGCAGAAACCUCAGGAGAUUCCCAUGUUUUCCAGCCAGCUUGAAGCACCUAUAUCUGAGCGGCACCGGCAUAGAAGAGGUUCCUCCUUGGAUCCAUGAAAUCUCUUCCCUUGUAACUCUAGUGAUGUCUUCUUGUGAGGAGCUAAAAAUCAUCUCCCCCAAUGUUUGUCACUUGAAACACCUACAUUUACUGGAUUUCAGUGGAUGCAAGGGCGUUAGCAGCUUUCCCGCAGAAAUCUUCUCAGCUGUUGGGCUAUGCCUGAGAAACAUUCACCGUAAGAGUCUGCCAGAGGGUCUACCUGAAAGGUGUUCAGCAUCGGUGCCAUUUCUAGAUCUGUCGGGUUGUGAUUUCGAGAGUAUUCCGGAUUACAUCAAGCAUCUCUCUCAGUUAAAGACUCUUUGGCUCAACAACUGUGAAAAUCUCGUGUCACUGCCCGAGCUUCCAGAGUCGCUCUGUUUCCUUUACGCUUCUAACUGCGAGUCACUAGAGAGAAUAUAUGGCUCCUUCCCGAGUCAAGGUGAAGUACUCGACUUCACCAAUUGCGUCAAACUAAACAAAGAGGCGCGAGAGGUCAUCGGACGAGCAACAGGCUUUAAGAAGGUGAUACUCCCUAGGAGUGAAAUACCAUCAGAUACUUCUCCUCCUUAGGCUACCGGAAGUUCGCUGACCAUCCUUCCGGCUGGUCAGAUCAGUGUAUCAGAACAGGGAUUAAGGCGUAUUAGAAUAUUCUGUCACCUGAACUUCAGUACCCUGUCUAUACUCUGUUUUCUGCAAUUGCUGGUUCAACAUGGUACAGGUCUGGUACGAGGUUAAGGUUUGAUUCCCUCUGGUUUACAAAUUGUACAGAUGGCGUAAUUGCCUCAAUUUAUUUUUUGUAAACACACCUUUUUCAUUCUCUAGGUUGUUAUAGAAUUUGUUAUUCUAUUUCUUUUCCCUGUAUAAAUAUACAUGUACACUGCAACAUUUUCUUAAUGGAAAAAAGGUCAUUUGAUCAGAAAUCUCUCUCUAACGUUUAUUUUUCUGCAAAGUUAAUACAGUGCUCAUGCUUCCUUCAGAUUCAAGGCCUGUUGGAGAACAUCAAACGGAGCCACCAAAAAGCCGAGAUGAUCCGUCGACAGAGAGACGAAGUCUAGACGAGGAACAGGUUUUCUUCAGCAACACUCAACUUGACAAAACCGAGAAGACAAAUAGAAGGUUUGAAGAAAGAUCUCAUCUAUCAGAAAAAAAUAUCUUCAAGAUUAAUUCUGCAGCAUGAUUAAAUCUCUGUAUAUGGUAAACUACCUUUGAUUUGUAUUAUGUUAAUAUUCCCUAACGUACUUUCCUUUUCCUUUAGUUUGGAAAUGUCUAUAAUAUGUAAACGACCACUUGUGAAUAAUAUCAAGAGAAGUGAAAUAUCUUUUCCAGAAUUUUCUAUCGAACACAGUUCUUG